AUGGAGUUUAAAUUAUCCAUAUUUCUAACUUCGCUUGCCACCUUCUUGGUGGUUUUAUCUAAAACAGAUGCGGCAUCUACAACAAAUGGCAAGUUAUUGAAAUUUUAUCCAAUAACAAAACAACAGUACAGAGACAUACUGGCAUUAACCAAACAGCAGCCGGCUGUUUCUGAAUCACAAGUUAUGGAGACUCAUCGCUCUUUGGCAGAUUGGAGUAACACGUUGCAUAGCAGUUGGAAUACUCUAUUUAAUGGUACUGGUGAAUUAAAUAAAACUUCGGGACAUAAAGUUAGAAGUUACCCGAUGUGUGUCAUUAAAACCCAAGACCCUGUGCGAAUUAAGCGAGGUGCCAGACAGUAUCACUACGAUGCUGACUAUGCUGGAUUAGCUCCCAAUGUAGUUUAUCCGGGAUCAUCGUAUUACGGAAGACCUCCAUAUCAUGGAGGCCCCCAUUAUGGACCUCAAUAUCAUCAACCACCUUAUGAAGAAGAAAAUAAUGAUGAUGAAGCCAACAAUGACGACGAUGAACCUGAAAAUAACGAUGCUGAACCUGAAGAUGUACCAAGUGAUAAUGAAAACAAUAACGUCCCUGAGAAAGAUUCAAACGCUCCCAUUAUAAAUUGUGUUGUUGUUAUACGUCGUAAAAACCAGAUUAUACAGAGACCCCCUAAACCAGACACAGACACAGAUGAUAAUAAUGAUGUCGAUGAGUAUUCUCCACCAUCAUAUGGAUACCCACAUUAUCCCCAUUAUCCAUAUCCACCUCAUAAACAACCGCCACCGUACGCCUACCCACCACCAAUCCCACCACAUGGUCAAUAUCCUUAUCCAUACCCUCCUCAUCCGCAUCCAUACCCACCACCGCACCCAUAUCCUGAAUCACAUCCUCAUCCACACCCACACCCAUAUCCACAACCUCACCCACAUCCACACCCAUAUGGAAAUUCCCCUCCUUAUGGUCACCCUUCAUCUAGAAGCAACGAACAUCCUGUCAGUGAUCCUGUUGCAGUUCUUCACUACCAAGAAAUGGUCGCUGAAUACUACAAACAUUUACAUGCUCUUUAUACAGCGGAUGCAAGCACUGGCAUAACAAGAAGUGAAGAGCAACCUGAGUAUGUUGAUGAUGAUGUGGAAGCGCCAAGUAUUGAGGAAGAUGAUAAAGAAAACAUUAAAACUCAAGGGAAUGAUGAAGAUGAUACCGACAAGGAAGAUGUUUAG